AUGGAGCCGGCCGGGUCGCCUUGUGCGCAGCACGCGAUACUUUCUCAGCCACGCCAUGUGGAUUCUAUAGGCGCUGAGACAGCGUCUAUCCCCUCCGCACCCCGCGCUGGAACGCCGCAGUCCAGGUCGCAGACUGCUACCCCACCUUACUGGAGGCACUCACGCAAUAUCUCACAUGCAUCACACACCUCCCUUGACCGGUCGAGUGGUCUGAUAACGCUUGAGGAUCAUAGCGAGGAUCCGUCGUGCGAUACAAGCAAGGGGCUAUGGGCCAAAAACGUCACCAUCGAUGACUAUGCCGUUGUCAAAGGACAGUCGGGAAUCGGGGCGUAUGUAGUGUGGAUAUGUAACAUUCAGACUCUCGAGGGAGCAUCCAUGAUAGUUCGGAUGAGGUUCGUUGGCCACGGGCUCUUGCAGAAAAACCUACACAUUAACUCAUUGUCUCGACACAACAAUUAUAGGUACUCUCAAUUUGUAGACCUUCGAUCCAAACUUGCAGAGGCAUAUCCUCACUCCAAAAAGUCCUUGCCAGCCUUGCCACCGAAGAGUGCGCUGUUUAAAUUCAACGCAAAAUUCCUGGAAGCAAGAAGACUCGGCCUUGCUUAUUUCUUAAAUUGUGUUCUACUCAACCCGGAGUUCUCUGGGUCUCCCAUCCUUAAAAAUACCCUCUUCACACACUCCACCUAA